CUCGAGACAGCCAGCAGCAGAGUGCGAUUUUUCUGCGGAAGCACCGAAGCAGUUGCGCUCUCGGUAGACAUCCUCCUGCCGACAGAGUCAGUUCGAACUACCGGGAGGCGGACAACGUCCGCACUUGUGCUUGGCGCAUCGGGUAGAGAGGUUCCUCACACGAGAGUUUCCCGGAUCUUGAUGCCGACACCAGAGCUAGUUUCAUAUCCCCUCACGAAAUGGGCCCCGAGGCCUCGCCCAGAACGAAUUUCACAUUCAGCUGAACAUGCAAUCGUCUUCUUCACCGGCAGACGUCGUAUUGCCUCUCAAUCGCACAGUCGUCCGCCUCUUGUCCACUCAACCUUCUACACUCGGCCAGUCUUGCAAAGUCGUCCACGGCUCGACUUGGAACCAACCGGCAGACGCAGAGAAAGCCUAAGUCGUCUGAAACCCUGGCACAACCCGGGGUGUUCUUCAUGUAAGUGGUUUUGUGAAGAAGAUGAACAGUUGAGGCGAGUUGAACCUAUGCCCGAUCUGAAUAGGCUUCCAGACAAUCAGCAACUCUAA